AUGGCCGACGACAAUAACCUCAAGACGAGCCAUAUGGCCAUCGUCUUAGGCAUUGGACUCGGAGUGGUACUGCUUAUUGUUCUAAGCUUAGUAGGCCUUGAGUCAUUCUUCCAAGUAUCCCUUUCCUCCGAGGUCAUCCGGGUUACGCUCCGAAUUCGUGCGACACGACCAAGGAGUACUGAGUUGACGAUUGUCAUUAACCGGCGCGAUCGUCGCUCAUUUUUGCGGUCAAGAAAGAAUCCCGACGAGCGACUGGCCAGUCUAGAUGCGGUUUCACCGACCCGCACAUUGGAGCAAUGGUGGACCAUGACAAAGGGCAAGAUGGGCCUUUCAGAGGCGGUGGAUGGCCAGUUCGUUUGUGCGGUGUGUCUGGAACAAGUGGAUCGUUCCGAGGAGAUAAGGGAGUUGCGCUGCUUGCAUGUCUUUCACCGGGAAUGCUUGGAGAAAUGGUUUUUAGGCGAUCAUUACAAUUGUCCGUUAUGCCAUCGUGCCUAUUUUGUUGCGGAGACGCCGCCACGCCAUGAUUAUGUGUGGAUGGUAUGA